UUCACAAAAAUAACAAAUCCCAGUAAAACAUUAGCCAGACAGUUUCCAAUGAGAUCUUUAAAAGAAAAUUUUAAAAGUAGUUGUUCUGUAGGUUAGAACGGAACUCCAGUGAAUAUGGACAAUUCUUUAGUAGAUUCCCUUCCAGAUGAAGUACUGGAAUUUAUUUUAUCUCUUAUUCCACCUUACAAAGAUUUACAUGAUUGUAUGCAGGUAUCAAAGAGGUGGAGAAGAUGUGUCUUGAAUGUUGUACGAACAAGACAAAGAAACUUAUACAGAGCAAUAAAUGACUUUGAUGUAAGAUGGGAAAGAAUUACUCCAGCCGAUAUGGCUCCUACAAUAACAAAGCGUUACUCACACACAGCCGUAGUACAUGAAAAUUCAAUGUUUGUGUUUGGAGGAUGUACUUGUGCCAUGACUACAUUUAAUGAUUUAUGGAGAUUAGAUUUAUCAAAACGACAGUGGAUUCGACCUUUGGCAAUGGGAACAUAUCCAUCUCCUAAAGCAUGCAGUUCUUUAAUUAGACACAAAGACUCAUUAGUAUUAUUUGGAGGAUGGGCAUAUCCUCCAUCAUAUCCUUUAUAUCAGAGUUGGCAUUUAUUUAAUGAACUCCACGUUUACGAUAUAGUUGCAAAUAGAUGGACUUGUAUAAGUACAGUAAAUACGCCUCCACCAGUUGCAGGACAUUCAGUUUCUAUUGUAGGAGAAUGGAUGAUUAUUUUUGGAGGCUUACAAAAACCAAAUACUGCAGUACACUGUGAAAAAUCAAAUGAUAUUUGGAAGUUAAACUUGGAAACCUGGACGUGGUUUAAGCAGGAAGUUGAAAGUGGACCAAAACCAAAUGGAAGAUUUGGUCAAACGCAAGUAGUUUUAGAUAAAGAAAAUUUAUUAAUUCUGGGUGGGUCUGGCGGCCCAAUCUUUCAUUACUGUGAUGCAUGGAUAUUAAAUAUGUCAGGGGAUUUGUGGAAAUGGAAGAAAAUUGAAAUUACCGGGAAAUCAAAUGAACCUACCAAUAUAUGGAGUAAUCCAGGUUGCAAGAUAGGUGAUAAAAUUGUAGUACUUAACAGAAUACGGCAGCCAGAGAAUAAUUCCAUAGCGUAUUAUCCAAAAACUACGUGGUGUGUAAAUAAUAGAAAUUUACCAGAUGAUGGACGGUUAGCAAGAAUUGAUUUAGCUGCUAGACAACCAGAUAAGGAUGAUAAUGUAAAUGGUAAAAGGGGCACCUUACGGAAUCAUAAACGAGAAGCAGAUGAUGAAGACGAUAUAUUGCUACCUGGAAACUCUAGCUCCAACAGUAAUAAUUUUGCCACUAGAGAAAAUGUUAAGAUUCAUGGAAUGCCAAGCUCUUCUGGACUAAAUAUGGCAGCUUUCAAUGGUCCAGAUAAUCGGAAAGUUCAAGUUGCUGAAACUAUGAGAGAAAAGAGAUUGGCUAAUCUCUUAAAAGUAGAAGAAAAUUUAACAAAAGGAGCUUAUAAAAGAGAGAAGAAGACUCAUUACUUAGGUGUAUAUGUUUUAGAUAUUUCUCAAGUUUUGAACGAAAAUCCUGUAGCAAUUUGGUUACCUCCGAAAAAUAUAAAAAAUGGACCUGAAGAAACAAUACUUUAUACUUUAGUAGAAGGUAAAUCCGAAUUAAUUAUGUUUGGGGGCAUUCAGAAAGAUGCCAACUCGUUAGGAUUUUCAAUGACUUUGAGUAGCCAAAUUUCAAAUUCUUUGCAUUUCAUAACUGCCCCUAGUUAUAUAAUAUAAAAUGAUGCAUUUAAAUUAAAUAAUUUUUUACUAAGCCAAUACGACUUAAAUAAUUUAAUUAUAGCCAUUGUUCAUUUAUCCUAGAAUUAAUUAAUUAAUUUGUCUUUGAAUAUACUUUCUGUCAUUGUUUAACACUUUGUCAACAGUUAACUGUUACUCCUUCUACUGUUGCCUUUAAUUAUUUUUUUUUCAAGAAAAUUUUCUAAGAUGCAUUUGUAAAUAAAUAAUUUCAAUUUAUAAGGUUUAAAAUCAAAAUAUAUAAAUUCCCUGAUAACAUAUUUCAUGAGCUACAUUUUAACCGUUUAACGUGGUGAAUUUUUCAGCAAAAAUAAGACAAAAAAUAUAAAAACCUUUAAAUACCUAUAUGGGGCAUUCUUUGUCAAAACGGCCACUCCAUCUGUAAAAAUUGAAGUAACCUAAAAAUUCUCUUCGCCUCAUUUGGUAGCUAUACGUGUCUAGUUUUUAUUAAGUUGCGGCCUUUUAAAAAAAAUCGAGAUGGCGAACCCUUAUGGGCCGCAACACUUCGAGAAAGUCACUAUGAAUAUGAAGUUAUCGUGGUUAAAAGUCACAGAGGUGGUAAAAAAAUUACGAACAGAGAUAAUUCGUAUGUAUUUUGACGCACUAAAUACGAAUCUAACAUUUUUUACACAUAUUACAAGUGCCUAACCUCAAAAAAAACUUCCAUUCUUUUUCGAUAGAGUCGUGUGUGCGUUGGGAUUUGGCUGUCGAUUUUUUUCUCGAAAGUGGGUAGGAAAAAAUGUGAUCCUCAAAAUUUUAGCUCAAUAUGACUAAAUCCGACCACAAUGGAAUAAGCUCUGUUCACAAUUUUUUUUUAAUUUGUGACAACCAGGAUAACUUCAUUCAUCAUGGUGACUUUCUCGAAGUUUUUUGGACCUACAGGUCCACCAUCUUAAUUUUUUUUUUAAAAGGGCAGGGCUCAAUCAAAUGAGCCUGAAAAGAAUUUUUGAACAGAUAGGAUGGCCGUUUUGACAAAGAAUGCCCCAUAUAUAUUUAAUGUUUUUGACGCCUGCAAAAUAAAUAGGAAAAACAUUUUGUAUAUAAAAAAAAUAUAUUUUAUUAUAUCCGCUUACCUAAGUUAACCUGUGCAUCAGUAUAAACAAAUUUAUCAUAUUAGUCGUAGUAUACACACAAUUGUCUGUUAAGAGAAAAAUCAAAAAUAUUUCCAGAAUAUGAACAUCUGAGAAACUUACCAGACUUGUAUCAGAGCCACUAAAAUACAUAUAUUAGGUCCCAACUCCACUGUAUUGCUAAUUGCUAUCUAUCUUCCAAAUUAUACAAAGCAACGCUUUAGUAUGAAAACAUGCUAUCUCAGAUUUCGGUUGGAAAACAUGCUAUCUCAAAUUUCGG